CCCGUUCCAUUCCAUGAUUCCAUUUCCAUCCCACCCUCCCCGAUCAAAAGAAAAACAAAGGGAAAACCUCUCUCCUUCUCUCUCUCCGCCUCUAAAAAGUAAACUCGCCAAGGCCUCCCAGACAACUCAAAACCCAACGGUCACUCUUCCCCAUCGACCAGCCAAGCCCAACUUUUUUAAGCGCCUAGCCUUCCGUUCGCCCACCGCACCGCGCCACGACCGAGACCGAAACGCCAAAACGCCGCGCAAAUCACCACGCCACGCCCCGCCCGCGCGCGUCUCGUCGCGCACGCGGAGCUGAACUCGGCCGCGCCGGCCGAGGAACGGAGCAGCGAAGCGCGUACUACACCCGCGCCCGCGAAAGCAAGCGCGCACGUACGGAGAGGUGUAACUAGUUAGAUAGACCCCGUCACGCGCGCGUGGUUGGGACCGAUCGGAUGGGGAGCGGGGAGGAGGAGAGGGAGGCGCGGAGCGAGGCGGCGUUCACGGACUCCGCCGACGGGAGCAGCUCCAGCUCCGACGCGGCCUCGGCCGACGAGUGGCCCGUGACGCUGGCGGCGCCGCCCAGGAAGACGGCGGCGUGCGGCCGCGUCCCCGGCGCGGAGGUGGUGGACAGCAGCAAGCCGCACGCGCAGAAGCGCAGAGCUCCCAGCUCAGAGAUGGAGAUGAUGAAGGAGAGGUUCGCGAAGCUGCUGCUCGGGGAGGACAUGUCCGGGAGCGGCAAGGGCGUGUGCACGGCGCUCGCCAUUGCCAACGCCAUUACCAACCUCUGCGCCACCAUCUUCGGGCAGCUGUGGAGGCUGGAGCCACUCCCGCCGGAGAAGAAGGCCAUGUGGCGGCGCGAGAUGGGCUGGCUGCUCUGCGUCAGCGACCACAUCGUCGAACUGGUCCCCACCUGGCAAUCGUUCCCCGACGGAACCAGGCUCGAGGUCAUGACAAGCAGACCACGAUCUGAUUUAUACAUCAAUCUGCCAGCACUUCGGAAGCUAGACCAUAUGCUCAUUGAAAUCCUGGACAGCUUCAGAGACCCUGAGUUCUGGUACGUUGAACAAGGGAUAUGCGCACCGGAUUGUGAUGGCUCAGCUUCCUUCAGAGCAGCUUUCCACCGCCGUGAUGAGAAAUGGUGGUUGCCGGUGCCUCGUGUUCCUCCCGGAGGCCUGCGUGACAAAGCGAGGAAGCAACUGCAGCACAAACGUGACUGUGCUAAUCAAAUCUUGAAGGCUGCCUUGGCCAUCAACAGCAAUGCUCUAGCUGAAAUGGAGGUCCCUGAAUCGUAUCUAGAAUCCCUACCAAAGAAUGGAAGGGCAACUUUGGGUGACAUCAUAUACCGCUACAUAACGUCUGAUCAUUUCUCUCCUGAGUGCCUUCUCGACUGCCUGGACCUGUCAACGGAGUACCAAGCACUGGAAAUCGCCAACCGUGUCGAGGCAUCAGUGUAUGUGUGGCGCCGGAGGAUUGCUGCAAAACCAGCAAGUGUCUUAGGCCGUGCCACCAGUGGCAGAUCAUCCUGGGGCAUGGUGAAAGACAUGAUAAUAGACACGGAGAAGAGGGAGCUGCUUGCCGAACGAGCAGAGGGCCUACUGAUAUGUUUGAAGCAAAGGUUUCCUGGACUGACGCAGACAAGCUUGGACAUGAGCAAAAUUCAGUAUAACAGGGAUGUGGGUAAAUCAAUACUGGAGAGUUAUUCAAGGGUGCUGGAGAGUCUGGCGUCCAACAUUGUCGCUCGCAUCGACGACCUACUGAACAUCGAUGAACUGAACAGGCAUGCAGAGCAUUUUCCACAGGGUGAUGCAGAUUGCAGGAUUGCUUGCAACAAGGCUGCUGUUCCACCGUACCAAGUGCCUGCCUCAGGCACACCGUUUGUGACCGCAUAUGCGACGCCCAGCUUCUCGCCGGCGCAGCUUGCAAGCCCAUCAAAGAAAGAGAGGAGCCCACUGGGUGCAGGGAGACGGUCUUACAGCAACAGGGGGUUUGGCGCAAAGAAAGCCUUGGCAAUUGAUCUAGUUAAUCCUGAAGUAAUGGGGGUGAUAAUCAGCGGUGGUAAGAUGAUCGAUGUCUCGACGACCACAGAGCUGUAAUGUAGGGUAAUCUAGGUUUUACUCAUAAAAUUUGUUAAGGACUACUAGUCUUUGUGUAUACUUGUGCCAUUUGAGUGCAUUCAUGUUCUUACUGUAUCGCCUGAAAUUCCUGGUGUUAA